GCAUACGAUUCAUUAUUGUGAGGCCUGGGACGCCCAACCGCUUGAUCCCCAAGCUUUUACACUCCGCCUCAAUUUCCCCUCAGAAGCUGUGUUCAAAAGCAAUCGACAUGUCUGCCCCUCAAAUCCCCCCAGGCGGUACCUUUUUCGACACCAUCAAGGAGUCGUUUGCCGAUGUUCCUGUGGACGCGGCCAACGAUGAUGCCAUUUCCACGGAGCAAUUCCUUGAGGCCGCUGAUGCCCUCGCAACUCUCUUUGAUCUGCUCGCCUCUGUCGUCUUCGUCCCCGUGAAGCAGGAUAUUCAAGGCAACGUCAAGAAACUCCGAGACCGCUUCCUCGCUGCCCCUACCGACUCGCAAAGCAUCCAAGCAUUGGUCGUUAAUGAAAUCAAGUCGAAGCAACACACUGCGACCGAAGGUCUGCUGUGGCUGGUCCGUGGCCUUGACUUCACCGCACAAGCUCUCCGUUUGAACCUUAGCAACCCCUCUGAGGAGCUCGCGACCUCGUUCAAGAAUGCCUACGCCACGACUCUGAAGCCUCACCACAACUUCAUUGUCAAGGCCAUCUUUAACACUGCCAUGUCAGCUACCCCUACCCGAGCAGACUUCUACAAGAAGCUCGGUGAUGACCAGACCAAGGUCGACACCGAGCUGCGCAAGUGGCUGAGCGCAUUGGAGCGCCAGGUUGCUAUACUCAAGGCUUUCCAGCAGCGCAAAGAAGCCAAGUGGUAGUUUUUUCUUUUAUUCUCAAAUCCAUACGCGUUCUAGGGUUUCCUUAUAUCAUCCGUUCUCAAGAUCCUCAAAAUACAUUGAUAGCAUUAUCGCAUUACCUAUACACCAGACAUGGAAAUGUCUCUACUAUACACAAACAUACAACAUUGUGGUGCUCUUUUCCAA